CGGUGGGAGCAGAGGGCGGGCUGGCUGCGGGGCCGCCGCGCGCCGGGGCCAUGCCGCGCUCCUUCCUGGUGGACUCGCUAGUGCUGCGAGAGGCGGGAGAGAAGAAGGCUCCCGAGGGCAGCCCGCCGCCGCUCUUCCCCUACGCCGUGCCCCCGCCGCACGCGCUACACGGUCUCUCGCCUGGCGCCUGCCACGCGCGCAAGGCCGGGCUGCUGUGCGUGUGCCCGCUCUGCGUCACCGCCUCGCAGCUGCAUGGGCCCCCCGGGCCGCCCGCGCUGCCUCUGCUCAAGGCGUCCUUCCCACCCUUCGGCUCGCAGUACUGCCACGCGCCCCUGGGCCGCCAGCACUCCGCUGUGUCGCCCGGGGUCGCUCACAGCCCGGCCGCCGCGGCCGCCGCCGCCGCCCUCUACCAGACGUCCUAUCCGCUGCCUGACCCCAGGCAGUUCCACUGCAUCUCUGUGGAUAGCAGCUCGAACCAGCUGCCCAGCAGCAAGAGGAUGCGCACGGCUUUUACCAGCACUCAGCUGCUAGAGCUGGAGCGCGAGUUCGCCUCUAAUAUGUACCUGUCCCGCCUACGUCGCAUCGAGAUCGCGACCUACCUGAAUCUGUCCGAGAAGCAGGUGAAGAUCUGGUUUCAGAACCGCCGAGUGAAGCACAAGAAGGAGGGCAAGGGCAGCAACCAUCGUGGCGGCGGCGGCGGGGGUGCCGGUGGUGGCGGGAGCGCACCGCAAGGCUGCAAGUGCGCAUCGCUCUCCUCAGCCAAGUGCUCCGAGGAUGACGACGAAUUGCCCAUGUCUCCGUCCUCCUCAGGGAAGGACGACCGGGAUCUUACGGUCACUCCCUAGGCGCGCGUCUCCCUAGGUCCCCCACCCCAAGACCUCCCUGCGCCUCGGUGACUGGUCCUGGGACUCAGCGCUGGUUCCCAGGCACCCGCUGCCAAGCCACUGCCCGGCAUGGAUUUGGCACGGUUUUGCAGAGGUCCCGGGCCUGGGCAGGGCUGAGAGCUUGGCAGAGACUAGACCAUGGUGUCCCCGCCCCAGGGCUCGCUCGCGUCCAGAGCCAACUCCGAGCUGUGAACACUAUAAGCGCUCGAGUCCUCCUGGGCAGUGCAGCACCGCGGCCCCAGCCUGCAAGCCUGCUUGGCGCAGCGCCUUGCUGGCAGCCGGCGCCUCCUAGCCCGCCCUCUCUGGGCUGGCUUGGGCUUCCUCGCUUACUCUACUGUCCUCUGCUCUCGGUCAAGGUCGGCAGCCUUGGAUGCUCGUUCGCUUCUCUUUUUAAAAUCUUUUUGUCCCUCCCCACCUCUUUUCUGUGAUCAUUUAUUUACUCGGCCCCCGCCCGUCAUCACACACAUUUAUGAACCCCCCCCUUUUAUUUCCUUUUGCUUUUCCCUUCUCCUCCUCAGGAAGCCUCCUCCUUCAGUCAGUCCAUGUGUCCCUUGAUCUGGCCUUGCUGUCCUCAGUCCUCACUCUUGAUCUGGCCUUGCUGUCCUCUGGCCCCGUUUGAUCUGGCCUUGCUGUCCUCAGGCUCCUCUCACAGAUGAUAAAUUUCGCCCCAGUAGUAUCCAUACUGGGGAAACCCAUUCGCUGUUUCCGACACGCUCUUCAUUCCUCUAAACAUAGGACCCCACUCUCCGACGCUGGCGACCCCACUCUUCCCUCUCCAGACUCUGGUCCGCCCCAGCCUAGCUGUGUAAUUGUACGGCCUCUGCAAUGC